CGUUCCAUGGGGGCGAGAGAAAAGCUUCAAGAUGGCUUUCACCGCUGUCAUUUCUACGCCCUACCACUCCCAGUCCUCUCUCCUCCUCCGCCCCUCCCCCUCUCUCACCUCCAAGUCCAAGCCCUUCUUCUCCCCUCUUCUUCCCUCCGCCGCCCUCCGACCCACUGACCUUGGCAUCGUCGGCAGCUUCCCGGUCCCUACACUAGCUGCCGAUCGCUCCAAAAGAGGCUGCUUCGUCACUGCUGUCGCCGACUCCGAGGCCGCGCCGCCCGCGAUCGCCGUCGAUCCGGUGGCCGUGGAAGUCGAAGUAGAAGGGGGAGGCGGCGACGGCAGUGGUGGUGGUGAGGGUUCCGGCGGAGGCGGAGGCGGAGGCGGAGGUGGUGGUGACGAUAGCGGGGGAGAUCCCGAGGAUAGCGAAGGGGGAUCGGACAAGGAUAAGAAGGAGAUGAACGGGAUGUCCAUGUCUCAGAAGCUGACGCUGGGUUAUGCUGCCCUCGUCGGAGUGGGUGGAGUAAUGGGAUAUGUCAAGAGUGGGAGCCAGAAGUCAUUAGCUGCUGGAGGGAUAUCAGCCAGUCUACUGUAUUAUGUGUACACGCAACUUCCAGUAAGACCAGCUUUUGCAUCAUCAUUGGGGCUAGGUAUAUCAGCAGCACUGCUGGCCGUGAUGGGUUCUCGCUUCAAGAAGUCUGGGAAGAUAUUUCCUGCAGGUGUUGUAUCUCUUGUGUCUUUAGUCAUGGUUGGUGGCUAUUUUCACGGAAUCCUGCGCGGCACACAUGCAUGAUACCUGCGGUCACUGGACUUUGGUUCUGAUGCUUCUUGUUUCGGAGUGUCCUUUUAGCACUCUUCAUCUGAUAACCAAUACCCUGUUGUCCUUUUCGUCCAUCUUGUGAUAGCUAAGUCUGCUGUUAAAAACAGUUUAUGGUUUGGAACGAGUAGGUGCUCUUCAUGACCCAGCUGUUAAUCUUGUAGUUGGCUACUUUUAUGUUUCCAAAAAAAUUGUAGGAAAAAGGUGUUUGCUUGUAUUCCUGUUGCUUACAUGUAACUGCUUAAAAACAGUUUUAUGGUUUGUUGCUUUUUUUAUCUUAGCUGCAAUUGCAUC